AUGACAUUCAACGAACACGGCAGUUCAGGUCUUCAAGGUCUUUAUGUAAGGGGACAGGCAACGAUAGCGUCAGACUGGCAAAACCUGACGCUCCACCUGCAGGGCUCCUUAACAAACGCUCUGCGAAACCUUCUGGACAGCUGGACCCAGAACGUCACGCAGGGCGAAAAGGAGCUGGACGCCAUCCUGGCCGAGGAGAACUUUGACAACGUCAUCUGGUAUCUGAUGGUAAUGAUUGGCAUGUUUGCUUUCAUCAUCGUGGCCAUCCUGGUCAGCACGGUCAAGUCAAAGAGGCAGGAGCACUCCAACGAUCCGUAUCACAAGUACAUAGAGACCGACUGGAGCACGCAAAUCCAGAUCCAGAACUACAACCAAAGCUACGUCAUCUCCAACCCCAACACAGCGUCUUUUCACGGACCCGGUUCACCCUGA